CGGCCCGCCCCCCUCCCCCACCCCCGCCCCCGGGCCCGUCAGCGGGGUCCGGAAGCCACUGUGCCGUCGCCUCUUCGUUUUUCGACGCCUCCGCCGCCGCCUGAGGAGGCGAGCUAGCCAGGAGUUACACCGCCACCGCCAGGAUGGAUAGAAUGACAGAAGAUGCUCUUCGCCUGAAUCUAUUGAAGCGGAGCUUGGACCCAGCAGAUGAGAGAGAUGAUGUCCUUGCCAAGCGACUCAAAAUGGAGGGGCAUGAGGCCAUGGAGCGUCUGAAAAUGUUGGCACUGCUCAAACGGAAGGAUUUGGCAAAUCUUGAGGUGCCACAUGAGUUACCCACCAAACAGGAUGGCAGUGGUAUCAAGGGCUAUGAAGAGAAACUCAAUGGGAAUCUCAGGCCUCAUGGAGACAGCAGGACUGCUGGAAGACCAGGCAAAGAAAACAUCAAUGAUGAGCCUGUGGAUAUGAGUGCUAGACGGAGUGAGCCAGACCGAGGAAGGCUAACUCCCUCCCCAGACAUCAUUGUUUUGUCUGAUAAUGAGGCUUCCAGUCCCCGUUCCAGCUCCCGAAUGGAAGAGAGACUCAAAGCAGCCAACCUAGAGAUGUUUAAGGGGAAAGGCAUUGAGGAACGGCAGCAGCUCAUCAAGCAGCUCAGGGAUGAGCUACGAUUGGAAGAAGCCCGACUGGUGCUGUUAAAGAAGCUGAGACAGAGCCAGCUACAGAAAGAGAACGUGGUCCAGAAGACUCCAGUUGUACAGAAUGCAGCAUCUAUUGUUCAGCCAUCUCCUGCCCAUGUGGGACAGCAGGGCCUCUCCAAGCUUCCCUCCCGGCCUGGGGCCCAAGGGGUCGAACCUCAGAAUUUGAGAACAUUACAGGGUCACAGUGUCAUCCGUUCAGCGACCACUACCACCCUCCCACACAUGUUGAUGUCUCAACGUGUUAUUGCACCAAACCCAGCCCAGCUACAGGGUCAGCGGGGCCCACCUAAGCCUGGCCUUGUACGCACGACAACACCCAAUAUGAAUCCUGCCAUCAAUUACCAGCCGCAGUCAAGUUCCUCUGUUCCCUGUCAGCGCACAACUUCCUCUGCCAUCUAUAUGAACCUUGCCUCCCAUAUCCAGCCAGGGACCGUGAACAGAGUGUCCUCACCGCUUCCUAGCCCCAGCGCCAUAACAGAUGCUGCCAACUCACAGGCUGCAGCCAAAUUGGCUCUUCGUAAACAGCUGGAAAAGACACUCCUGGAGAUUCCACCCCCUAAACCUCCUGCUCCCUUGCUUCACUUCCUGCCUAGUGCAGCCAAUAGCGAGUUCAUCUACAUGGUAGGCUUGGAAGAAGUUGUACAGAGUGUCAUCGACAGCCAAGGCAAAAGCUGUGCCUCACUUCUGCGGGUCGAACCCUUUGUUUGUGCCCAGUGCCGCACAGAUUUCACCCCUCACUGGAAGCAAGAGAAGAAUGGUAAGAUUCUAUGUGAGCAGUGUAUGACCUCCAACCAGAAGAAGGCUCUAAAGGCUGAACACACCAACCGGCUGAAAAAUGCUUUUGUUAAAGCCCUACAGCAGGAACAGGAAAUUGAACAGCGAUUACAGCAGCAGGCAGCACUCUCCCCCACUACGGCUCCAGCUGUGUCCAGUGUCAGUAAACAAGAGACCAUAAUGAGACAUCAUACGCUUCGGCAGGCUCCACAGCCCCAAAGCAGCCUCCAGCGUGGCAUACCCACAUCUGCCCGUUCCAUGCUUUCCAACUUUGCACAGGCACCGCAGCUGUCUGUGCCAGGUGGCCUCCUUGGAAUGCCAGGUGUCAACAUUGCAUACUUGAACACUGGCAUCGGAGGACACAAAGCCCCCAGUUUGGCAGACCGACAGCGGGAAUACCUUUUAGACAUGAUCCCUCCCCGGUCUAUAUCGCAGUCCAUCAGUGGACAGAAAUAACGCCUAUUCCACUUGUACUGGCCCAACCUUGAAUCCUUUACCCCUCUCCUCUCCCAUUGCUCCCAACUUCCGUCGCAUGCAGUGCCUGUACUGGUGCCUACCAUACACGGAAAACAAAAAAGAAAAACAGAAGACAAACAAUAGAAGUCAACAAGAAAACACACGCCCUGCCCCGCCACCUCCCCUUUAUUUCACACUGCUGCGAUCUGUUCUUCUGACGCUCUGUCUUCUCUCUUCGGUUUUCUUUAACAGUGAGGUGGAUCUUUGCCUCUGAGAGAGGUCAGAAUGAGGUCCUGGGGAGAAAUCUAAGCCCUCUGACGUGUGUUUCUAAAGUUUGUUUUUAUGCUAUAAUUAUUAUUAUCAUUUUUAAUGAUGUUGUGUGUCCACCCUUUGUUCAGUAGACGGUUAAACCUUUUUAUUUUCCCCCAGUAUUUUUCUUUUUCUCUUUUCGUCUUUUUUUUUUUUUUUUUGUAAACACAAAUGACAUUCAGUUAAAUGAUAGGAGCAUUGCAGUAGGGUCCCCGACUGCCAAGUAGGACAUGACUGGGAGUGUUAGGGGCAGAAGUUUUUAAUGCACUUAGUCCGGGGUGGGGGGCAGGUAGUGGCAUCAAACAAGGAGGAAUAGCACACCAACUGUGGAUGUCUCUGGGCUGGACAGUUUGAGAGGCAGUGUUUAGUAUUGAAGUUGGGCUCUAAGAAUGAGGGGAAAGAGCCUGGAGGGAAAAGCUUUAAAACUUAACCGCCCUGGAAUUGACCCAUAGAGAAGGGGGAGAAAAGGGCAAGAUGAUGAGCAUAAUGUUGAGCCAAGGAGGACUGAGACCAGGUCCUGGCCUUCUGGAUGCUGGGGGAGUAAGAUUGGUCUCCUGACCCCAUUGGAGAUAUGGGAGUCUCUUCCAAGCCAACUAGCCCAAAAUUAUUUUAUCUUAUUUUUUUUGUAAAAUUCUCCCCCUUUUUUUU